AUGAGCGGCUUAUUUGACAUGGCUUUAGACGAUUACAACAAUACGACCAACAGAACCAAGAACCAAAAAGCCUUGUCUCGGCGAACAGUCCGUAGUCAAGCUUUUUCAGUGGAAAGUGGUUCUUCAAAUCGAACAGGUCGUACUCGAACCGCACCUUAUAGUCGCUCGAAACUUCAUGGGGCGAUGCGGGUACAGCUACUUCUUCCGUUUCCUUUGGGCCAAAAGAUUGACGAUCGAGCUUCGCUGUUGUUCGUCAACGGAAACAUAAACAGUCAAUGGUCGCACGAUCUAUAUGAAGACGGACACGCACACGGUUCACCUUCAAGUACCACACGUUAUACCUCAAAUCAAAACGGUAAUCCCAAAUUGCUAGUGGAAAAUUUAUUUUAUGAAAUCACUCAGGAUGAUCUUCAGGAUUUAUUCUCGAAAACAGGUGCCAUAAAAAAGGUGUUUCUUCACUAUGAUCGGGCUGGACGAAGUCUUGGCGUGGCAGAUGUCAUUUUUGAAGAUUCUAAAGAUGCUGCGGCAGCCUUAAAAAAGUAUAACGGAACAAUGUUUGAAGGUCAAGAGAUGAGGAUCAAGUACGCAGCAUCUAAUAAGCCCAAUACAAAAGUUCGUGGAUCAUCAUCCAAUUCAGACCGUGGUUCUGUCUUUGAUCGUCUAGGCAAUGUUCAAAAUAGCUCAAUCAAACAAACUUCUCGUAAUGAUCUUCGUUCUCGAUUAGGCCGAGGUGGCGGCGCUGCGCAUUCCGUCAAGAAUUCGGAUAGUCGACGGAAAGCUUUGCAGAGAAAACCUGUUACCUACGAUGAUCUAGACGCAGAUCUAGAUGCAUAUAUGGCUACCGAAGUAAAUUAA